AUGACUUCUCCCUCCGUUCUCAGCAGCACCUAUCACCUCCUCACAACCCCACCUAUCAUCUCCUCACAACCCCACCUAUCACCUCCUCACAACCCCACCUAUCACCUUCUCACAACCCCACCUAUCACCUCCUCACAACCCCACCUAUCACCUCCUCACAACCCCACCUAUCACCUCCUCACAACCCCACCUAUCACCUCCACACAACCCUACCUAUCACCUCCUCACAACCCCAACUAUCACCUCCUCACAACCCCACCUAUCACCUCCUCACAACCUGACCCAUCCUCUCUGCACAACCCCACCUAUCACCUCCUCACAACCGCAAAUAUCACCUCCUCACAACCCCACCCAUCCCCUCCGCACAACCCCACCUAUCACCUCCUCAAAACCCCACCCAUCCCCUCCGCACAACCCCACCUAUCACCUCCUCACAAACCCACCCAUCCUCUCCGCACAACCCCACCUGUCACCUCCUCACAACCCCACCUAUCACCUCCUCACAACCCCACCUAUCACCUCCUCACAACCCCACCUAUCACCUUCUCACAACCCCACCUAUCACCUCCACACAACCCUACCUAUCACCUCCUCACAACCCCAACUAUCACCUCCUCACAACCCCACCCAUCCCCUCCGCACAACCCCACCUAUCACCUCCUCACAACCCCACCCAUCCCCUCCGCACAACCCCACCUAUCACCUCCUCACAAACCCACCCAUCCUCUCCGCACAACCCCACCUGUCACCUCCUCACAACCCCACCUAUCACCUCCUCACAAACCCACUCAUCCCCUCCACACAACCCCACCUAUCACCUCUACACAACCCCACCCACCCCCUCCGCACAACCCCACCUAUCACCUCCUCACAACCCCACCCAUCCCCUCUGCACAACCCCACCUAUCACCUCCUCACAACCCCAACUAUCCCCUCCUCACAACCCCACCCAUCCCCUCUGCACAACCCCACCUAUCACCUCCUCACAACCCCACCCAUUCCCUCCGCACAACCCCACCUAUCACCUCCUCACAACCCCACCCAUCACCUCUACACAACCCCACCCACCCCCUCCGCACAACCCCACCUAUCACCUCCUCACAACCCCACCCAUCCCCUCCGCACAACCCCACCUAUCACCUCCUCACAACCCCAACUAUCCCCUCCUCACACCCCCACCCAUCCCCUCUGCACAACCCCACCUGUCACCUCCUCACAACCCCACCUAUCACCUCCUCACAAACCCACCCAUCCACUCCACACAACCCCACCUAUCACCUCUACACAACCCCACCCACCCCCUCCGCACAACCCCAUCUAUCACCUCCUCACAACCCCACCCAUCCCCUCCGCACAACCCCACCUAUCACCUCCUCACAACCCCACCCAUCCCCUUUUCACAACCAAUCCCCUCCUCACAACCCCACCCAUCCCCUCCUCACAACCCCCACCCAUCCCAUCCCCACUGUGCCUUUGUUCUGA